CUGCUCUCAGUUGCUCAGACCGUCUGUCUCUGCUCUCAGAAAAACGCUGUGAAGUUUUUGUCAGUGACAAGAGUAAACUCAUGAAAGAAACCGGAUGACGGAUAGAUUUAAAGCUGGACUCGUGCGGCUGUUUACUUUUUCACUGUAAUUGGUUUUUUUUUAUUAUUGUUAUUAUUUAGAGAUUUUUAAAACUGGUGGUUUGUAACGUAUACCCGGGAUUGCAUCUCGAAGUUCCCAAGAUGAACUUCGAUCCGGUGGUCGGGAAACUUUCUGUGUUGGCGGCGACGCUUCUCCUCGGUCUGGUUUGUCACGCAGCAGAACUUCCGGCGCCACAGCGGUCCAGCAAUGAAUACAGAAACCUCACCCUGCCGCACAGAACCUGCGUGGAGAACGAACAGUACCUAAACCAGGGACUCUGCUGCCUUAAUUGCCAGGCUGGAACCUUUGUGCACAAGGCCUGUGAAAGAGACCAAGAACCGGGGACUUGUCUUCCAUGCGACGGCCAGACCUUCACAGAGCACUCCAACGGGAUGUACCGCUGUUUGCCUUGUACCCACUGCCGGCCAGAUGAGAUUGAAACUGCAUCCUGCACCAGAACUACAGACACCAAGUGCCAGUGCAGACAGGGAACCUUCUGUGUCCCUGAUCAGGCCUGUGAAGUCUGCAAACGAUGUGCCAAAUGUAAAGCAGGGGAGGAGGAAGUGAAGAAGUGCACUCCCUUUUCUAACACGGUGUGUCGAAAACGGGUUCCAUCUCCCACCGAAAUCUCUCCGGCCCUUUCAACGCCGACCCCGACUUCUCCAGCAGACAUAGCUAUUCCUAUUUCCAUCGUCCUGGCCAUCUUCCUCAUCAUCAUCCUUAUUGGACUGGCUGUGUGGUGGUUCAUAAUCAAGCAGCACUCAUGUGAAAUACCAUGUACAAAGAGCCACUGUGAUUCCAGUGAAAUAGUGAAGAUUCCUAUUGACGAGACUAUACCCACAGCAGAGGAGAGACAGAAUAAUCAGAACGCAGGCCUGGAGGGGGAGGAGACCCGUCCAGAGUCACGGCCUCUGCUGCAGGAGACCCAGCCCGGGAUGACCAAGGCUUCCCCUCCCUUAGAGGAUGAGGAUCGGGGACUAGGCGACAGUUUACCCAACACCACUAGUUCGUCUCAAACUAGCCUGUCAGCCCUGCCCACAGCAGCUUCCUCUGGUAACACCCCGCACCAGAGCCCCACCGCCUUCAGACUGCCGCCCGCAGCCACGGAUGAUCCUCUGCAACAUCGAUUGCUGCCGCUACAAGGGUCAGAAAAAUCCCUAAAGAAGAGCUUUGACUUGUUCGACGAGUACCUGGACGUACGGAUCCACAACAAGUUCUUCAGAAUGAUUGGAGUCAGUGACAACCACAUUCGUAUUGCGGAGAACGGCGCCCCCGGUGACAAAGUAUAUGAACUGCUGAAGAACUGGAUGCAGAGGCAGGGACUAAAAGCCGACAUCAACGACCUGUUAGAGGCUUUGCUAAGCAUGGACCAGCGACGCUCAGCAGAGAACAUCGCCUCUGCAGCCCUCCGGAGAGGCUACUAUAAACACGCAGACACACCCUGAAAGCUGAAGUACCCAGGGAGGCUGCAAAUGAAGUAAACACAAAGUACUUAAAACAAGAAAAACUAAAAGCACAUAGACGCUGUCGGUGGACGUUGUGUCUCACAAACAGGCUUACCUCUCUGUGGCUGACCGGCCGCAUAUUCAAAAGCCAGUAGUUUUAAAAAGAAAAACACAAAAAGGGGAAGGCCGAGCCGUAUUGAUCAGCGCUCUGAGGAUGUUGACUACAUGCCAAAUGCUGAGGUGUAAUAAUGAAAAUGAAGAGAGAGAGAGAGAGAAAAAAAAAAAAAAAGUUUUGUGGUCAAAUCUUAACAGCUUUACCACCAAAGAUGACCAACUUAAAGAGAAGAAUAACAUGAAGGUGUCAACUUCCACAGGCAGAAACGGCUGCAUGUUUUAGGCUCUAGAGAAGCAACAUGCAGCCAAUUACUGAAAGCUUAGAAGUCUCUGGGUGUGUGUCACUCAUCUGGUCGUCUACCCAGAUUAUCAUAUACUACCUUGAGACGAGGAUAUACACUGGUUUGUAGGAGUGGCAUUAGCUAUGUCACUUAUACUGUGCCUCUUUGAUGCACUGACCUCUGGCACAUGUAGGAUUUAAAACUACAGUCAUGCUAUAUUUGUUGUUUCGUAGAUUUAGACUCCUCUGAAACCAUUUGUAACAGUAUAUGAACACUUUCCUGUCAAAAUGAUAGGAAAAUAUUGUCCAUUUUUGUUAUGACAGGGAUUAACACGCAGCCUUACUAAUCAUAAACUUUACCUCUUUAAUGCAAUUUGAUAAUUUGCUAGGUAUGAAUCUUUUUCAUGAUGUCAUUAUGGUCAUAGAGCAUAGUGGUCCAGAUAUGUUAUAGAUUUUGUACAAUCAAGUCACAUUGGAGACAUUUUUUUUCAGUCAUCCAGUCGCUUUUUUUUUUUUUUUCUAUGUUCAGUGUUACUACUCACAAAAAUACAUUGUAGAAGGAAUUUCACAAGCUGUUUCUGUUAAUAGUUGAGUUUCCAUAGUGUUUCCAUGUAACUUGGAGAGCUUCAAAGGUCAUUUUAUUUAUUGACAUAUUUAUUAUAAUGAAUAAUAAUUAUCUUUCAUUAUUUAUAUAAUUGCCAAAAACAAAGAUAUGACCCUGGAUAAAAAAACAUGAUACACACUGUAUUUGUGUUGUUAUCACGUUUAGCUACAGGGAAAAAAUGACUGACAUCAGAUUUUUUUUUUUUUUUUUUUUUUUUGUUAAAGUGUGGUUGAAAUGGUUAAACUCUGUUCCUGCUCGCCGCACCGUGUUCAGUGUAGCACUGCGGUCCACACUGUCGAUCUGCGCCAUUUCUGAGUUUCCGCUGAAAAAAAAAAAACCAUCCAUCAGCGUAGAAACUUUCAUGCUACUAAAAUGCAGAACGUGUCGUUUUUUUCAAAUUGGAGUUGAGAUGACGCCUCGGACAUCUUUUUUUUUUUUAGAAAAUGAGGACUGACCUGUUGAGUCCAACCCGUUUAGUUAACCGCCUGACCGGAUAGUCCUAUACAUGGCAGCGGUGACGAGGGAUGCAGGUACGGAUUGUUUUGUCUCGGUUAGACAAGAUGAAGGAAACCUUUUCUGGAUUUUAAAAAAAAAAAAAGAAAAAGAAAGAAAAAGAGCUCAAUUUUAUUUCCCCCAUUACUGUCUUUUUUGUACAUACAUUUCCAAAAAAAAGAAGCAUAAAAGCCUCACAAAGUGUAUAUGUAUGCAGUUAUAUUAACAAAAUGAAUAUAGUGAGGUAUGAAGUUACAACAGAAACACAGAUCAGAGUGGUUGCUGAUGAUGUGCCAUUUUUAAACUAGAUUUUUGCCCAUUUUUCUGCAGUCUCUUCAUGUAUAAAGAAAAAAAAGAGUUAUAUAUUAUUGCUGAAGAGUGAUGCUACAGUGCUGGCACUGCCAUCUAUUGACAGACAAUGAAAAUACAGCCUGCAUCAAUUUCUAGGGACCCUUUCUCUCACUUAACAUUCUCCUUUUUAACUUUUUUAACACACCCAUUUCUCAACUUAUAGCCUGUUUCUUUUAAAAAAUCGCUCUUGCCCGUUCCUGAAGUAGCAUAGCAGUGAAUAGGCUUCAGUGCAUGUUUUGUUUACUCUGUGGCAGUUCAUGUGAGUGUAUGUCCUUUUUUAAAAAAAAAAAAAAACAAAAUAUAUAAUUUCUGUGUUUUUAUCUUUUUACAUAUUUCAUAGCAAGUCCUGAACUGUUCAUUUAAGUUCUUGAUCUUGUGUAAAAAAAACUGUCUGUUCAGUGCCGUUAAGCCAUUUCCCCCUUAGUUAUUGUUUGCUUGUCAUGGAUUUCAGAUAUAAAUUAUGCAAAUACAUCAAAGCUGUUUUUAUGUCAAUUUCAAAUAAAUGUUUUGUACAGAUA